GCAGCUUUUCUUCUAGUUUCCCGAACGAAAUAUGGCAAAUGCGGGUAAUAGCUGUAGCUUUGUUAGCUGGUUAGUGAAUUCUGAUUUAAAUGAUAAUCACUCUGACAGCACUGAUGAUGAUGAUGGUAUUUAUGAAGAUGGACUGAAGAUGUGCGAAUGUAACGCCCCAGUCGCUGAAUGGGAUUCAGGCCUGUUCGAGCCCGAGGAAGAGUACCAUCUACCCCGGAGCAGCCCUGUCAUAUCCCGCAAGAGAUAUAACACAGAGACAGAAAAACAGUUUGGUCUGUCUUUGACACCUCCAAUAUGGGAACUAUCUACCUCUCCAACUGUGAAAUCUAACUAUUCAAGUCCACAUAGACUGGUAGAGUCCAGUCGCUCGGAGAAAGAGAGAAACCUUGAUCACUGUGAUUCACCCAAAGGCUCUUCAGGACAGACACAGUUCCUCACAGAUAAUCAUGGCACAGGAAUUACACCUGUCUCUCAGGACACUCGCAGCCACACUUUUGUUUCUGGCCGAUUACAUGAGGGUUUCCAGUCAAAGACUAAAAGAAGAGCCUGCUCUGACCUCCCACCAGCAUCUGGUCAGAGGAGCUCAGACCAAGCUAAGAAACAUGGAUCAUGUGUAGAUCACUCCACUGCAGACCUCUACAGUCUGGACCAGGAAAAUGCUCAUUUUGUAGUUGUGGAUAUGGUGCUGGAAAUGCUGGAGGCUGUGAAAUGGGUCGUGUGUUUGCAGCAGUUAAAAAACACUAUUCCUCAUCAAGACAGAUGCGAAAAACAAAAUACCUCAAAAACCGACUCAAUCUAUUCCUUUGAUAGCGGGUUUGAGGACGACAGCGCCCCCAAACUAUCUUCAAACAGAUACUCCCUGGCUUCUUUUCAGAGUUGUCUACAGAGCUCCAGAAUGCAGUGUUUUGCUGAAGAUUUAGCCCACCAUUUGGUGUCAGAGUUCAGGAAGCAGUGGUUCCCCUCUGAGCUACUGCAAAACCCUGACAACCUCAACUCUGCUCUGCAGGAAGUCUCUGUCCCUGUUAUGGCAGAUGACAGGAUCAGUCUAACUGAAGAGAUUGUGCAGAAGACCAGAAUGAGAGGAACAUUAACCUGGGCUCCACCCAGAUUUCAGAUCAUCUUCUGUGUCCAACCAACACACAGGCGCAGUGAUGUUAUUGCUUCCCAGCACUUCCUGUGUGCAGGCUGUGGUACUAAAAUCGAGCCCAGGUAUAUGAAGAAGUUGCGGUAUUGUGACUACCUGGGUAGAUACUUUUGUGAUGGCUGCCACAGCGGUUUGGAAUCAGUGAUUCCAGGUCGGGUUCUGAAUAACUGGGAUUUUGCACGAUAUCCAGUCUGCCAUUUCUCCAGACAGUUACUGGACUCUAUAUGGCAGCAACCGCUCUUCAAACUUACAAGUGUGGCCAAGAACCUGUACAGUCAGGCCAAAGAGCUGCAGCGUUUCAGAGAACUACAGGAGCAACUUGUAUCCAUUAAAAAACUUCUGAGCGCAUGCAGACUAUCAGCUGGAGUACUUGACGAGUUUGAACAACUUCCUGCUCAUCUGAUACAGGAACUACACCUCUUCUCAAUGCAAGACCUCAUCAGGGUAAAGAAGGGUCAGCUCUGUACCAUAGCGAAAGCAUUGAUGCAGUCUGCUGUCACUCACAUCGACAUAUGUGAGCUGUGUCAGGCCAAAGGUUUUAUCUGUGAGUUCUGUCACGGGGAGGAAGUGCUUUUCCCUUUUCAGAGAGACACCUGCACCCGCUGCCAAGACUGCAGAGCCUGUUUCCACAUCUCAUGUUUCCAUGAUGAAUCAUGUCCCAAAUGUGCCAGACUGCAAAAACGAAAGAAACUUCAGGAAGACAUCAAGUUAUGAAUUCUCCUACAUGUCCCUCACUGCAUUUUAAAGCUGUGUAAAAACAUCCAGAUGUUCAGAGCUCUUGGACUGUUCAGCUACUGACAUGCAUUAUAUGCUGUCAUUUUGUAAAGCAUAGAUUAAUAUAUUUUUCAUAUUGUUUGAUGUUGUACAUUGCAUUUCCAUUAAGUAACAAGCAUUGCAAUGUGUGAACACAGAGACGUGCCAACCUCUAGUAUGUUCAUAUUUUGAAUGGUUACAGAGAAUCAGGAUUCAUUUAAGUGCCAGAGAAUGUGAUCACUCAGAUUUGAAAACACACAGCUGAUAUUUGGACAUUAAAAUUCAGCAGUACACAUUUAUUCUUAUUCCCUGACAAUACAAAAUGUUUUUUACCCUCCAUUUU